CACCCAAGAGAUACAGUUGGAGUUAGUGCUGGGGUGGGACACGUGACUGAUAAAGAGUGGAGAGAUCCUAAAUAGAAAGAUGAAUAUAGGCCAACAAACACCACGUCUCCAUGUCCUUUAUCACUCAAUAAUUUUUUGGAGCUGGUAGGAGAAGAAUACAGAAGUCACAUCAUUAUUGGUGUUCAGCUCACAUAUAUGGUCCAAUCUUUUUUUACAUGUAUGUCCAUUGUCCAGGCAUAUUUACAAAUGAUAUGUUCUGGUAUAACUCACUUUUUAACCGUAAACAACAAAGUUAUUAAGAUUUUUUUUCUUUCCUAUAAUCUUUUUCAAUCAAAAGCAGAUAGAUUUAUUUUGCACACUUGCAUUCUCGUGUGUUGCGAGCCAUAACGGAGACACUGCCUGGUGGGAUCGACAUGAUCUAUCUAAAAGGCGAAACAUGAUCUAUCUAAAACGCUUUUGCCUUUUUCCAUUAGCCCUUGAAAGGCUACACACAUGUCACUUUUACAACACAAGAAACUCGUAAAGGCACAACACAAAUAUCAACAAAGACUAUGGCUCUGAAUGGUAACAAUAGGACGAGCGGUGCGGAAUGAGCGGAUUAGAUACUGCGGUAUGAAUAAAGUGCGGUUUUGUUAACUGUGGAAUAUUAACGGUUAUAAAAAGUAAAAGCGGUAUAUAGUAAAAUGUGAAUGCUAACAAAAAUGAAAUGCGGUAUAAAACCAAUAGUAGAACGGUAAAAAUAUUAUAAGCGAUGCGGAAUACAAAUUAAAAUUAAAUAUAAUAAUAUAACAAAAUAUAAUUAUUACUAAUAAAUAUAUGAUAAAAUUCAAUUCUUUUUAUGACACAAUAUAAACAAAGAUACUAUCAAAAAUGUAAAUUUACCCACAACAUAUUUGCAAUUUUAUCUAUCAUUCGAACCAUAUAUUCGCCAUCUACUGCAUUUGUACAUUUGAUAUUUCUGUAUCAUCUAAAUCGUUGUCUUAGCAUGUGUUGUUUAUUAUCUUCUCUAUCAAUACUUGAACAAAAUCUGCAUCUCAAAAUUAGAAAUUUUGAUAAUAUUAUGUAGCCCCAUUGUACAUUAAUUUACAUGAUAUAUUCUAGACAAGUACAUUUUUCUUAAAUUAUUUAAUAUAAAUAACUAAGUUUGAUAUAUAUUAGUAUAUAUUUUGUAUAUUACAUAGUUUUUGUCUUUCUAAAAUGACAUUUUCUGCUUAUAAAUGAAAAUUAGAUUAAUAUAUAUUUUAAACUUAAUUAUUUAUAUUUAAUAAAAUAAAUAAAUUGAAAUGAAAAAGUUGAAAAGAAAGAAAAAAGCUCACCUACACAUCAAACCGCACCGACUUAUCUUCUUAUGCGUUUCAUGUCCAGGUCGUAGACCACACUUCCAAUUCUAUUUUUUUUUCUUUUUUCUUUUAAUCACAAACCACACUAUGUGUUAUGUGUGUGUGUUUAAGAUGAAUGGUUACAGAAAUGAAAAUACGCAUGCGUUUACUUGUAUCCACUACAAACAUUGAUAACCUAUUUCUUAAUAUAAAAAUAUACUAAAAAUUAUAAUGUUUGAGGGAUGAUAAGAAGAAGAUCAGAGCCUCGUUUUCCUUUCUUUCGACUGAAAUUUCUUUUUCAUUUCGUGUCCUUAACUACAUUAAACGCGUUAUCCAUGGAUCUGGUUGAAAUAAACAGAUGGUGCACUUAUCCGAUCUAGUAUAUACAUAUAUGUUUGAUGUCAGCAUUAAAAAUAGCGUAUGGAUUCUUAGUCAACUAAGGUUUAACUUGAGUUGAAGAGACGAAUCCAACCAACUUGUAUGACAAAUUUGUCGAGUGUUGCGUCUAUUCCAUCGUGUCAUCUGAACUAAAAAAAGCUUAGAUAAUGGAUUUAAACAUAUUAUAACAAGUUAAUUCAGUAAAACUUCCCUAGAUAUACAUAAUGAACUGAUUCGGUUCAGUUUUACACGGUUCCGGCUAAUUAUUUUACGUCACCACUACACGUACCAUUUCCUCAGGGAGGCUCCUUCUUAGAAGAAAUGAAAAUAGAAUAUUCCCAAUCCCACUUAUUCUAACAUGUAUGACUUUUUAACAUCUAAUAUAUAGAAUAGUUGUAGUUUGCAUGACUUAUAUAUCGAAAUCAAGAUUAAUCUUAAAAUACAUAUACAACUGGUAUGAAUUAUACACUAAUAUAAACUGAAAUAGUGAGAUAUAAAAUGACAUUUUAACAAUACCAAUGUGAUUUUAUAAAAUGAAAAAUGUAAAAUGAAAAAAAACAAUCAUUAAAAAUAAAAGAACAAAUUGAAAAAUAAGAGAAAAAUAAGUCAAAUUAAAUUUAAAUCUCAUAUCAGCAAUUUCAUUGUCUCCAUGUAUUCAAAAACUCAAUAACCAGAAUUUAAAAGACCACUGAAAAGUUUAGAGAUAAAGUUUAAUAUAGAUAGCUUGUCAUAAAAGUCGAGAGACAUUGCAAAACUCAUUUCACAUUCAUAAUAUAAAACUUCGACGACUUGGUCUUCUUCUUUGUGUGUGCGUUUUGAUUGGCAAGUCUUCGUCAUCUCCCAUUGUUCAACACGAGGGAAAAGUCGUGAGACUUCGUCUUAUUCCAUUGAAUUAUUUAAACAGGUGAAUAAAAACUCAUGAGACUUAUCUUCUCUCAAUUUGCUUUCUCAUGGAUGAUUCAGAUAUCAAAAGGCUGGGCGAGAUCCUUAUUACAGCGGAGGAGGAGGAGUGGUUGAAUACACCUGAUGAACAUGAUCAGACCGAAACAUCUACCCACCAGAGUUAUGUAACCAUUCUGAAAGAAGGAGAUAUCCGAAGUCGUAUGAAAGAGGAGAUCCAACGUGUUUCAAAUACUUACUCAAUCUCCGAAGACGACGCCACGCUUCUGCUAGCUCACUUCCGCUGGGAUGAUAUUGAACUUCAUAAGAAAUGGUCAGAUAACGCUAAAAGUGUUAGAGAAAGCGUCGGAAUAUUUGAGUUGGAGAGACCACUUGAUUUACCUUCUGACGACAAAAAUUUCUGUUGCGGAAUCUGCUUCAAAUUACUCUCACUUGAGAGGUCUGCAUCGGUCUCAUGUGGCCAUCGUGUAUGCAAGUUCUGCUGGAGAAGUCAUAUCAACAAAAGCAUCAAUAAGAUUGCAGAUGUUGACUGGUAUGGGACAUUAAAAUGUCCAUACGAUAUUUGUCGAGCUUCCGUUGGUGGAGACAUGAUAGAGAAAUUUGCUUGCGAGGAAGAUAAGACUAAGUACUAUCGAUAUCUCUUUAGAUCUUACGUUGAAGGCAGCAAAGUGAUAAAAUGUUGUCCUGCUAAGGGGCGUAGCUGCGAUGUUCAUCUUACUCCUGGUUCCGGAAACUUUGAUGUCUUAUGUCUCUGCCUGCUUAGUUUCUGUUGGAAUUGCAGCAAGGACGUUCACAGUCCCAUGGACUGUGAAUCAGCUGCAAAAUGGUUAAGAAUGAACAGUUCUGAUUACCAAGACCCCAACUGGGUACGACAGAACACGGUGCCUUGCCCUAGGUGUAACCUAAGGAUCAGAGAAAAUCAAGAUUGUUCACUGAAGAUGAGAUGCUUUCCACCUUGUAACUAUGACUUCUGUUGGCGCUGCCGUGGUCAAUGGACUGAACAUGGCUUAGAUUUAUACACUUGUACCCAUGAUGAGUAUGAAGAGACUGUUUUUGGGAAUAUGGCAGAAUAUGCUGCAGGUAGAUACAAAGACUGUCAUGAAAAGUGGAUGAGUAAUGAAUCGUUGAUGCAAAAAGCAAAAGCAAAACUCCAGCAAUUACACACUGAUGUUAUUCCGGAUUUAAGUAACAAACAGUUAGCAACUGUACAUCAGCUUGAGUUCGUUGCGGAAGCUUGGUCUCAGAUCAUGGAAUGUAGAAGGGUCUUGAAAUGGACUUAUGCUUAUGAGUAUUACCUAGGAGAGGACCAGGUCGAAAAGCAAGAUUUCUUGAAGCUUAAGCAAGACAAUGCAGAGAUUCCUCUGGAGAAGCUCCAUUACCAUGCAGAGAAUCAACUGAAUAUGUUGCUUGACUCAGAUGGACCAUCAGAGAAUUUUAAUAAAUUCCGCAGCGAUUUAACUGACUCAACUAGAAUAACGAGAAAUCACUACGAGCUUCUUCUAAGAGAUCUUGAAGAUGGCUUAAGUAAUGUUGUCGGUGCUUCAACGUCGCAAAGGGCACAUAACGAGGAUGAUGCUAGUGGUUCGAGCAGUAUACAUGACGAUUAAUCGAGGCCAAAUUGUUGAUGAUUUAUUUUGAUGUUUAAAUUGCUAAAUAUUUAUAGGAAAUCAUUGGAUUUCUCAUGUCUGAUAUGAACUCUGUUUCGUUUUGGAUAUAUCUCAUAAUCUUCAUUCGCUAUUCAUACAAGACACACAAGGACCAGUUUUUGUAGACAGAAAAACCUAGAAGAGUUUUAUACUUUUACUUCCAA